AUGGAUAUAGGCAAUAAAUCUACUGUGUCUGAAUUUGUAUUGUUGGGACUCUCCAGUUCCCGGGACCUCCAGCUGUUCUUCUUCAUGGUGUUUUCUCUGUUUUAUGUGGCAACAAUGGUGGGCAACUGCCUCAUAGUCAUCACAGUCAUCGCUGAUUCCCACCUUCAUUCUCCCAUGUAUUUUUUGCUCACUAACCUCUCCCUCAUCGAUAUGUCUCUAGCUUCCUUUGCUACCCCCAAGAUGAUUACAGACUAUCUUACUGGACAUAAAACUAUCUCCUUUGAUGGCUGCAUCUCCCAGAUUUUUUUCUUGCAUCUCUUUACUGGCACUGAGAUUAUCCUGCUAAUGGCCAUGUCCUUUGAUAGAUAUAUUGCCAUAUGCAAACCCCUUCGAUAUGCAACCAUUAUAAGCCCCCGGGUGUGUAUUAUGCUUGUAGUGACAUCCUGGGUUGUGGGUGUCAUGCAUUCAAUGAGCCAGGUGGUAUUUGCUCUUCACUUGCCUUUCUGUGGCCCCAAUGAGGUAGAUAGCUUUUUCUGUGACCUUCCUGUGGUAUUCCAAUUAGCCUGUGUAGAUACUUAUGUACUAGGAUUCUUCAUGAUCUCCACAAGUGGCAUCAUUGCUCUAUCCUGCUUUAUCCUCUUAUUUAACUCCUAUGUUAUUGUUCUAUUAACCAUCAAACAGCAUUCCUCUGGAGGGUCUUCCAAGGCACUUUCCACCUGCACUGCCCAUUUCAUUGUUGUCUUCAUGUUCUUUGGGCCAUGUAUCUUCAUCUACAUGUGGCCAUUAAGCAGUUUCUUGGUGGACAAGAUCCUCUCUGUGUUUUACACUAUCUUUACCCCCAUCCUGAAUCCAAUAAUCUAUACACUGAGGAACCAGGAGGUGAAGACGGCCAUGAGAAAACUGAAAAACAGAUAUCUGAAUUCCAACAAUAUAGCACAGUCACCUCAUUACUCCUAA